GAGCGGUCCGAGAAGGAGUCCGCGUCGCGCGCUCCUCUAACCCUUUCACGCUCACGCACACCGCGCGCGCCCCUGUCACACCUCAGCUGCUGUGACUUCAAACGCACCGCAGUCAAGGAGCAGUAACAGCUGGACACAGACGCAUCAAGUGUGUCAUUGAUCAGAGGUGUCAGAGGACAGCCCAUUUAUAGUCAUGGACCCUACAAACAGCACUUUCCGCCAUGGAAACAUCACCCCAUUGGGGUGUGAUUCAAUUGAUGACUUUCGAAACAAAGUUUACUCAACGGUUUACUCCAUUAUUACUGUGUUUGGCCUCGUGGGCAAUGGUUUUGCCCUGUUCGUACUAAUGCGGACCCCCAACCAGCGAUCUGCCUUCCACAUCUACAUGCUGAAUCUGGCUGUGUCGGACCUGCUGUGUGUCAGCACGCUGCCCCUGAGAGUUCUCUACUACGUCAACAAAGGUCAGUGGAACCUUGGAGACUUCCUGUGCCGCAUCAGCUCCUACGCGCUCUACGUCAACCUCUACUGCAGCGUCUUCUUCAUGAUGGCCAUGAGUUGCACCCGAUUCCUGGCCAUCGUCUUCCCAGUGCAGAACCUCAAGCUGGUCAAUGAGCGCAAAGCCCGCUUUGUAUGCGUGGCUGUUUGGAUCUUCAUCUGUGCCACCAGCUCACCCUUCCUCAUGUCCGGCACCCACAUUGACCCACUCACCAACAAGACAAAGUGUUUUGAGCCACCUGAGCGGGAGGGGAGUUUGAAGAAGCUUGUAAUGCUCAACUACUUCUCCUUGGUAGUGGGAUUCAUCAUCCCCUUCUUGGUCAUCCUGGUUUGCUACGCGGGGAUCAUUCACACCCUAAUGACAGGUUCCAGCAGCAUGAAGAAGCAGAAGCAGACACGCACCAAGGCCAUCCGCAUGAUCAUCAUUGUCAUGCUUGCCUUUCUGGUCAGUUUCAUGCCCUACCACAUCCAGCGCACCGUGCAUCUGCAGAUCAUGAACCGCAAGGAGAAGAACUGUGAGGUGGAGAUCUUCAUGCAGAAGUCUGUGGUGGUCACACUCUGCUUGGCUGCUGCCAACUCCUGCUUCGACCCCAUGCUCUACUUCUUUUCUGGAGAGAAUUUCCGCCGUCGCUUUUCCACCUUCCGCAAGACCUCGGUUGGCAGCAUCUCGCAGCGACGCCAAAGGAUGGGCUGCGGGGCUGACGGUUUUGAGGAAGAGGAGGAUAAGCUGCAGGACUGCAAUGGUCCAACCAGGAGCCAGGCUCAGGAGUGAUCUGCAAGGAGACCUGAGUUCUAUGUUUUCUGCCAGGAGGAAUUGGCCAGGUUGCUUUGUUUUUCUAAGAAUAUAACAAAAGGUGCUUCAGGUUCUCAGAAAAUUGAGCUAGACAUGUCAGUGACAUGGAGAGACAGGUUUUAAGACAGACGAAAAGAAAGGAAACAGAAGAGGUAAAAACGAUACCAGACAAAGUAAACGGUUCAGGUUCUCAGUUCAAAAGGCACUGUGUGUUUAAGUAACAAAGAGUACAAUGCACUUCAUCACGUCAACAUAUCAAAUCUGUAAUAUUUAACACAUAUAAAACUUGACAAGGCCGUAUAAUUAUAUGUCCAGUGCUUGCUUGUGCGUUUGAUCGGCUCCUCUUUAACUCCAUUUUACCCUGUGUGCACUUAAAUAGUAAGCAGCUUCUGACAAAAGCAAGUGCUGAGUGAAUAAAUGUAAUUGCAUCACUGCUGAGAAGGGCUGUACAUAAAAAAACCUCAAAUGAACGGAAUUCAGAGUUGUUGGAGGAACAACAGAUGUAGCUCUAACUGUAUUUCCAAGACAGAACAUUUGGUUGAUACUCAUAAUGAGAGUUUUAGGGAGCAGGUACAGUUCAGGUAUCCCAGGUAGCAGUGUGCUUGGAUUGCUUUAUGGUACAUUUGUGCUGUGGUGGGAAUUUUUCAUAUUUUAUGGACAACUUGUGUCCUACACUUGAGGGAUAUAAUUUCUAAGUGUUAAAUAAAUAUUUGUAUUCCAUUACAGCACGGACAGUGUGUUUUCUAUUCGGCUGCCAAAUAAAAUGUAAGCAUGUGAACAUUAGCACCCACCUGUGUAAAUGAAUUGAGCCUUUCUGUGUUAUGCAGUGUACACAGUGGCAUAUCUUGUACAAUGUUUGUGUGCUGCUGUCAAAUAUAAUGGUAUAGUGGAGAAGUGUAACAGAUAAUCAAUUCCUGUAUUUAAAGUAUCCAUGAAUACGCUUGCAUUUCAAGUUGCUCCAGUGCAUUAACUCUGUAAAUACUAUUACAGUGACUAAUGAAUCGUUAAGUCAAUAUUUAAGGUUUCAGAUCACAACAGAAAGUGUGUGUUUUCUUAUGUUUCAUUUUUAAUAAAGGUUUUCCUUUUUUGCUGCAUUUGUAUUUCGUUUGAGAAUUUACUGUAAAAAAUAUGUGGCAACUCAAAGGUCUUUAGCAAAGCUAUGAAAUGAAUACAGUUCAUAGCAUGUGUGUUGUCCGAAUCAACACCUUCUAAUGUAAUGUGAUACUAAUGAUUAUGGGUAGGAUGGAAUGUCAUACACUGGUUACCAACAUUAA